AUGCGCGAUGUGGAGUACCAGAUGGCCCAAUCAGCUAUUUUAACACACGCCAAAAAAACUGGAUGUGAUUUCCAGAAGAUGGCGACCGCUCUGGUGGUGUCAACUUCAGUUCCUACAAAUCCAGAAAAGGAAAAAUGCGAAACAACCAUUCAAAAGGUUGUGAGUCCUGAAGCGUACAUCAAGCAUCCAUUACAAAACAAGUGGGCUCUUUGGUUUUUCAAGAAUGACAAAAGCAAAACAUGGCAAGCCAAUCUUCGUCUCAUCUCCAAAUUUGACACUGUGGAAGACUUCUGGGCAUUAUACAAUCACAUUCAGCUAUCAAGUAACUUGAUGUCUGGCUGUGACUACUCGCUCUUUAAGGAUGGGAUUGAGCCCAUGUGGGAGGAUGACCAGAAUCGACGAGGUGGCCGCUGGCUCAUAACUCUGUCCAAGCAGCAGCGUAAAGCUGACCUGGAUCGUUUCUGGUUGGAGACGCUCUUGUGUCUUGUGGGUGAGGCGUUUGAUGACUACAGUGACGAUGUGUGCGGAGCCGUCAUUAACGUUCGAGCCAAAGGAGAUAAAAUAGCAAUAUGGACCACAGACUACGAAAACAAAGACGCCAUCACACACAUAGGGCGUGUGUAUAAAGAGAGAUUAGGCGUUCCGCCAAAAGUGAUCAUCGGAUACCAGUCGCACGCAGACACAGCCACAAAGAGCGGCUCCACAACCAAGAACAAGUUUGUUGCCUGAGGACCGUUAACCAGGCUCAUCAGCCAUGCUCUUUUCUUUUGCCAGCAUAGAUUUCUAGUCAUUUUUCCAUGAAUGUAACUGACAUGUUUAUCCACUAACAAACAUUUGAAGUGGAGAUAAAAUGGACUCCUUUUUGUUUUCUUAUUUGUUGCCACUUUACCAAAGCUUUUGUUUACGGUGACAGUAUGUGCAGUUGAAAUGUAGCACUAUUGUUUGAGAACUUUGUUUUUUUUGGUGGUGGGCUGGAGAUGAGUAAAGGAUGUUUUGAUGCCCUGAUUUCAUUUUCAAAUGCAGCUGCAUAAUUGUGGAGAAUUUAUUUCAUUUAUCCACCCCUUAGUGUAUAGCAAUAAGUUUUUCUUAAAGUACCUAACAUUAAAGGCAAAAAACUAAGUAAAACAUUUUCUACUUUGGUAUAAAUAUAUUUGUUAGUACCGUACGUGGAACUCAGUUUACAGUAUAAAUGUGUGGCUUUAUUGCACAGUUAGUUGCACGGUGGAAUUUUCAACCAUGCAUUGUGAAUCCACGUCUUCUGAAAGUGAAGAGAACUGAACCAACAAAUCGAUAGGAAACUUUUCAGCAGUCACACCUUGUGCAGUUGUUUAUUUUUUAUUUUUUGUCAUUUUGACAAAUUAUUUAAAAGUCACUUUAUUGCCAGUAUUGCAAAUAGGAGGUGUUUGUUUGAACUGUUUCAAGCAGCUUGUGCAAUAUGUGACAAAUUAAAAUUUGUUGACCAUUUUGAAGAGCCGAAAAUAUAUUUAAAGUUACUCGUGGUGCUUCAGAAUGAGUGUCUAAAGAUUUCUACAUGACUUCUUUGCAACUCAAGGGUAAACUAAAACUGUCAGGCCAAAAUGGACCAGGGAUCAUCAUUAAUCUUAUGUGGUACUGUAGACUUAUCACCUGAGCAAGUAUAUAAAUCCUAGCUAGUCCUACCUGAGGUGUUUUUUUACUUUUUCUCUUGCACACAAAUCUCUAGGAUUUUGAGUUUCAGAGGCCAGAGUGUCGCCAAUGGUGAAAACAACAUUUUGUACUACAAUGCAUAUUUUCUUGUUGCGUUUUCUGUUGCGUGCACGAGCCAUAUUAGUGUUUUUAACACCAUUUGGUGUUUUGCUACUGCUUUGAUUACGUUUACGUAGUAAAAUUUACAUUCCAGAUUUCCUUUUGUUUGUGACAUAAGCAAAAAUUGCAUUGUUUGGAGGGAUUGAACUGUGCCUUGAAUGUAACACCCUGCUCCAUAUUUCUAAGCAGUAAAUGUACAAAAAUGAUGUAAAUAAAGCUGUACAGUGAA